CCGAAGAAAACGCGACACGGACUGUUGUUUCUUUUGGGCACACAUGUACGCAGCAGAGGAUUAGAAGAUGAAGCCUUCUAAAAGUAAUGAGUCCGCGAGCAGUAGUCUUCAGGAGGACAUUUCAGACACCACCGAAGAGGGGAAUAAGGAGCUGUGCCCCGGUUUCAGAGAAGUAGACGACUUCGUUAAAUAUGGUUUGGGUGCUGUUUUGUCAGCCACCAAAGCAUCAUCUGUGUUACCUCAAGCUGGAGAUGAGUAUGAUUUCUACAGGAGCUUUCCAGGCUUCCAGGAGUUCUGUGAAAGUCAAGGAGAUAAGCUUCUGCACUGCAUGAGCCAGAUAAUGCAGCACCAUGGCUGCAGAUCGUACAUAAGGGACCGGAACAAGCUGACAGGAGUGGAGGAGAGGUUCGACUUGAUUGUGGACUCCAACGACUUUAUCCUUGAAAGAGCAGGCAUUCUUCUUGAUGAAGCCGAUGGGGUGAAUAGGAACCAGAAGCCUGUCAUUCCUGCAGGGUUUCAGCCUGCAAAAAUUGUUGUUUCCAGCUGGAAUCGUAAGGGUUCUGGCUCUGGCAGUCGUUCCGAGACAUUCCGAAUGCUAAACGCCAAGAAUGUUGCGAGGCCUCAGCUGAAAUUCAAGGAAAGAGUUGACAACAGCAACACGCCUUUUGUUCCUAAAAUUUUCAUCAAGCCCAAUUCAUUAAAGCCACUCCCGUCUUAUUUCUCCAACAAACAAAUGCGUAAGGAGAGGCCAGAGGACCUUGAUGUCCCAGCUGCCCUGGCUGAUUUUAUCCACCAACAAAGAACUCAGGAACAUGUUGAAGACAUGUUUGCACACCCAUACCAAUAUGAACUGGAUCAUUUCACAAUACCAGAAAGCUUGCUGUCUAAGCCAGAGCCUCAGAUGUACAAACCCAUGUCUGAGACAAAGUUGACCUUUAUUGACUCACUGGAGGACCUUGUGGCUCUCAAUGAGAAGCUGUGCAGCUUGUCUGAAUUUGCAGUGGAUCUUGAGCACCACUCCUACAGGAGUUUUCUCGGCCUCACCUGUCUGAUGCAGAUCUCCACCCGAGAUGAGGACUUUAUCAUUGACACUUUGGAGCUCCGUGGUGAAAUGUACAUCCUGAACGAGUCGUUCACUGACCCGUCCAUUGUAAAAGUGUUUCACGGGGCUGAUUCUGACAUCGAGUGGCUCCAGAGGGACUUCGGCUUGUACGUCGUCAACCUGUUUGACACACAUCAGGCGAGUCGAGCUCUCAACCUGGCCAGACAUUCUCUCGACCACUUGCUUAAACACUUCUGCAGCGUGGACUCGGACAAACGUUACCAACUGGCUGACUGGAGGAUCCGCCCUCUGUCAAAUGAUAUGGUACAGUAUGCUCGGACAGAUACCCACUAUCUCCUUUACAUCUACGACUGUGUGAGAGCUCAGUUAUUGGACUUCAACCACGAGCAGCCUGGCCUGCUGCAAUGUGUCUGGAACAAGAGCAAAGACAUUUCGCUGAAGAAAUAUGUGAAGCCAAUAUACACAGAGGAGUCUUAUUUAGAGCUGCAGAGGAAGCAGAAAAAAUCUCUUAACACCCAGCAGCUGACUGCCUUCAGACUGCUAUAUGCCUGGAGGGACAAGCUGGCCAGGCAGGAAGAUGAAAGCAUCGGAUAUGUUCUGCCCACUCAUAUGAUGAUCAAAAUAUCUGAGGAGUUGCCCAAAGAGCCUCAGGGCAUCAUCGCCUGCUGUAACCCUGUGCCGCCGCUGGUGAGGCAGCAGGUCAAUGAACUUCAUCUGUUGGUGCAACAAGCCAGAGAAAUGCCCCUUCUGAAGACUGAGAUUGCAGCUCAGAAGAAGAAAGGACUCACGCUUAUUAAAAAGCCAGAAGUCACAUUGUUUGGCCCACAUGAUACAUCCAGGGUUUCUGAGGGUGAACUGCCCCACUCCACACCUGGUGAAGGGGCCGUCAAACAAGGAAUACUGUUCUCAGAAGAUGUUCAUAUCAUGGAUGUUGAUGAGCAGAAAACAAGCGGUCUCUUGGCUCCACCUAAAAUAACACUGUUCCAGGAACCAGAAACUCCUCAUGACCAGAAGUCAGCCUCUGUAUCUCAGAUGAAAGCUAAGCGCAUCAUUGACUCUUUUGAAAACCCUUUCAGAAUGUAUUUGCCCUCAAGUGAUGUGCACGUCAACAAGAAUGCCAAGUUUGACCCCUCAUCAAAAAUAUUUGAGAUUAGCAAAAGAUGGAAACUGCAGAGUAUUGAACAGCAGGAGAACGAGCUGGAGGCCAAGAGGAAAUCCAAGGAGGAGGCGAAGCGACGGGCAAAGAAAGUGGCAGAGGAAAGGGCUAAGGCUAAACAGAGCUACCAAGAAUCUCUCAAGAAUGUUGCCACUGUGCGGCAGCAAGCAGCAGAAUUUGCAAAGGAUGGGGGAAAGAAAAGAGAAAGGGCCGACAGUGAGGUUGGAGAGAAAACUCCUAAACCAAGUAAGAAGCUGAUGAAGUCAGAGAAGUCCCAGAAGACAGAAGUUCCCAAAGAAGACUUCAAACCCUUUGACUACAACCAGUCAGAUCUGAAAGUUUUUGAUGGUGCCAAACCUAAGAGCAACACACAGUUUGAUCCAAACCAGCAAACCCAUGAUUUUAAGAAAAAGAAAAUGUCUCAGGGACAAAAAAACAACUCAGCUGGAAACAGAAGUAUGUCAUACUUGACUGGCAAGUCAGAAAGAGGCUUUCGCCAUAACUGGCCCAAGAGAUAGACUUCCUGGUGCUGUUUUUCACUUUUUUUGAAGUCGUCAUGAAAGUUUUCUCCUUGUAAAGGAAAGUAUUCAUUUGGAAUGUAAUACUUG